AGGCCGCCAGCUGCGGGCUGCGCGUCCUGUCCACCAACGUCGGUGGCAUCCCGGAAACGCUGCCGGCGAGCCUGAUGCGGCUCGCUGACCCGACUGGAGACGCGAUGUUUCAGGCGAUGGAAACCAGUUUCGCGGAAGUGGUAGCGGUGAAGCGGAAAAUUUAUCCUCCAGCUGGGAUCAUGGUGAAAAACAAUACAGGAGAGAACCGCAGUGAAACAUCAAACGAACAUGUUGUCUACAGAAGCGCCGCGCCUGACUAUGACAGAGAGAACGCCAAGAACAGCGAAAAGCAGCGACAACUGCGCCAAUAUCAGGAAGUGAAGAGAAUCUACUGCUGGUCUCUCGUCACCGAACGGACGGAAGAAGUUUACCACAAUAUCCUCGCCGCGCCGAAGAAGAGAAUACGGUCACGGCUGCUGCUCGUGCCGCAGAAACUGGGCUACGUCAGCGCACUGCUGUAUGCCUACAUGGUGGUGCUGGAUGUUUUCUUGGCGUGGGUGCUGAAAAUUAUCCACCCAGCGGAACUCGUGCAGGUCGCGCUACCGGUAUCGAACGUGGCUACAGAAGUGUGA